UGUCAUUCUUCUCCCUCAGAUCGUCGUCCAGUACAGACGUGUGUUAUUUAAUUCUCUUAUAUCUUAAGUGUAUUGUAUUUUUUUUUUAAAUUUAAAAACUAAUACGCGAGUGCUAGUUUACUAUUUUUAAAUUAAUUUAAUUAACUAUUAAAUUAAAUUAAUUUAUAUAUAUAUAUAUAUAUUUAUAUAAAUAUAUAUUUUAAAAUAUUUAUAUUUAUUAUAAAUAAUUAAUAACAACAAUGGCUGAACAAGAUAACAAAGAUUUUACCGAAGAUAUUACUGAUCAAAGUUAUGAACAAAACGGAGAUGCGGCUCAAAACGAGACUGGAAAUGGCGGCGAUGCCGGUGACGCCAAUGAAAAUGGCCAGGAUUCACAAGACGACAAAUCGGGCAGUGAUGGUAACCAGGAGUCACUUAACGAUAGGAAACUAUUUGUUGGUGGACUCAGUUGGGAAACCACAGACAAGGAAUUAAGAGAUCACUUUGGUAGCUAUGGUGAUAUUGAAAGUAUCAAUGUUAAAACAGACCCCAACACCGGAAGAUCACGAGGAUUCGCUUUCAUCGUUUUCUCAAAGGCUGAAUCUUUGGACAAGAUUAUGAUGGCCGGAGAUCAUGUUAUUAACAACAAAAAAGUCGAUCCCAAAAAAGCUAAAGCCCGUCACGGUAAAAUUUUCGUUGGUGGUUUGUCAACGGAAUUAUCUGACGAUGACAUCAAAGGUUUCUUUGAAAAGUUUGGUAAAAUCGUCGACGUUGAGAUGCCAUUUGAUAAAACAAAAAGCCAACGUAAAGGUUUCUGUUUCAUAACUUUUGAAUCUGAGCAAGUUGUUAACGAGCUUUUAAAAACACCCAAACAAACAAUUAACGGCAAAGAGGUUGACGUUAAAAAAGCAACACCUAAACCAGACGGUAUGGGAGGUAUGCGUGGUGGUGCUGCUGCUGGACGUGGUGCUGCACGCGGUGGUCGCGGUGGACGUGGACGUGGUUUCGGCGGCCAGGGAUGGAGUCAAGGUGGUUAUGGUGCCGGUGGAUACGGCGGCGGUUAUGGACAAGGAGGUUACGGUGGUGGAUACGAUGGCUAUGGUAGUUAUGACUAUUAUGGCGGUGGAUAUGGCGGCUACGGUGGUUACGACUACACCGGAUACGACGGCUAUGGCUAUGGCGGUAGUUACGACGGUGGCUACAAUGGUGGUCGCGGUGGUGCACGCGGUAAAGGUCUUCAAUCUUACAACAAAUUACAUAAUUCAUUGAAUCAUCAUUCCAUAAAAUCAUCACGUCAUCAACAACAACAAAGCAGACAACUGCCGCAAAAUAAUUAUAACAAUCAACAACAAGAUUCGCAACAUCAAAAAAACCACCAACCAAACAAUGUAACAUACAUGCGUUAAAAUUUUCCGGCCCUAAUAACCUCAAUAAAAUUUAUUAUUAAUAAUUAAUAAUAAUGAUAAAUAAUAAUAAUAAUAAUUAAUAAUUAUUAAUUGAAAUUUUUUAAUUACAAACAAAAAAAAAUUUUCUUUUUAUGAAAUUUAAUUUGAAACAAUAGUAAAAAAAAAACAAACAAUCAAUCAAAUAAAAAGGGUUCUGGAUUUUAAAGUAAUAAAUUAAUUAAUUAUAAAUAAUUAAUAAUAAUUAUUAUUUAUAAUUAAGUAGAUGAGUUUAAACGAUAGUUGAAAUUUUGUUUGCAUUAAAUCCUCAAUCUUUUGUACAGAAUAUUUUUAAUGUAUCAUCUCCCAAUUUAAUUAAUUGAUUAAUUAAUUUUUUUAAUUAGUUAAUUAAUUAAAUAAUAAUUAUAAUUAUAAUAAAUAAAAUUAAGAAUUAACAAAUUAGUUAACAUAAUUAGAAAAUAAUCUUUUUUUUUUUUGUCUACUUUAAUUUUUUUAUUUGUCUAUUUAUCGAUUAAUAAACAAAUAAUUACUGUAAUGCUGUCUUAUUAUUAAUUAUUAAUUAUUAUUAUUUAAUAUUUUGUAUAAAAAUGUCCGGGGGUUUUUGUCAUCUUUAAUUAAGAUGUUUUUUUAAAAACAAUUACUAUUGUUUUUAUUUUUACGUCUUUAAUUUAAAUGUAAUUGUAAGUUUAUGAACAAAUUAAUAAUUAAUGUGUAGUAAUAAAACUAUUAAGUAAUUAAACAAUUUUUAAUUGAAUUUUUUUAUUGCGAGUAAUUGCGGUAGUUAUUGAUGGGGAUUUAAGUACUGGAUUUUUUUAAAUAUUUUAAUUACAAAAAAUUAAUUGUUUAUAAUUAAUUUAGCGGAGAAAAUGGGUUUGUUUAAAAUUUUUUGGGUUAUGUUUAAAAAAAAAAGUUUUGUAUGAGAAGUCGAUGGUGCGACGCCUGGUGGAUUGUUGGGAAGUUGAUUGUAGAGGCGCUGAAGUAGGAAAUUUAAUGCAGCGACAUUUUAUUGGAGUUGCGGAAGAAAAGAAGGGGAGGGGGAAAAUGUUAAUUGAUGCAGGAGAGCAGAAGGAAGAUUUUUUUUACGGCCACGUUCUUUUGGUUCCGGCUGUUGGAGAGAUUGGUCGCAAGAAUUUUUACUGCAAAUUUAAAUUUUGCCACGUGGUAAAAAAAUUUUAAAUCUUUAAAAAAUGAGGGAUGGAAAUAUUUUAUUUAAAUAUUUGUUGGGAAAGCGGAUAAUUACUUUGCGACCAGUUGAAUUCAAAUUGGGAAAAUGAGAUUAAAUUUUUGAAGUAAAAAAUGGAGCUGCUCGUAUUCAAUUUUUCAAGGUCUAAAUUCAAGUAAAGAGGGAUUAAGAGAUCACUUUGGUAGCUAUGGUGAUAUUGAAAGUAACAAUGUUAAAACAGACUCCAACACCGAAAGAUCACGAGGAUUCGCUUUCAUCGUUUUCUCAAAGGCCGAAUCUUUAGACAAGAUUGUAUGCUGGUUAUCAUGUAAAAUAACAUAAUUCACCUCCAAGGUUAUUUGGUUACUAAUUAACAAGUUAAUGAUCAAGCAGCCGAAGACGAAAUUAAAAAGUUUAAUUUCCGGCCAAACUAUCAAAGAUACAAAAAAAAUCAUUCAAUACAAAUUUAUAGAGAA